AUGAAGUUCACAUCCAUCCUCGCGCUCGCCGGCGCUAUUACCCCAGCUAUCGCUGCUCCAGCUAAAUCUGACAAGACUUGCUCGAAUCCCGCAAAGAGAAUUGAGUGGCGGGAGCUAGAUGCUGCUGAUCAGCAGGGAUAUAUCGAUGCUGUUCUAUGCCUCAAGACUAAGCCCUCUCGCAUGGGGCUCAAGUCCAGCUUGUACGAUGACUUCCCCCAUCUUCACUUCCAACUCAACUCCUGGAUCCAUGGCGGUGCCCCUUUCCUCCCCUGGCACCGAUAUUUUGGUGUAAUCUACGAGCGAGCUCUUCGUGACUGCGGCUAUAAAGGUCCAUACACCUACUGGGACUGGACCAAAGAUACAGAAGGCCUUCGACUCUCCCCCGUCAUGGCAUCAAAGAACGGUUUCGGUGGUAACGGAGACUCUGAAAAUACCGAGAUAAGUGCUUCGGGGAGUACACUAAAGUGUGUAUCCGACGGUCCAUUCGCCAAGCUGCGACCUGAGUACCUCGAGACUGAGCCAAGGAAGCUUACCGACGGUGGCCAUUGUCUGCAUCGUAACUUGCCUGAAGUUGACGAGCCUGAUGCUUUCGCAACUAUGGCCAAGGUCUUUGGACCUGAAGGAGUUGAGGAAGUCCAAGCCUCUGGCAACUGGAGUCACUAUGCUCGGACUCUUGAGGGAGGACCUCAUGGUAGCAUUCACGCUUGUCUCGGUGGAGAGAUGAAUCCCACUACUUCUCCCAACGAACCUCUUUUCUUCAUGCACCACGCGCAGAUUGACCGUCUCUGGUGGUUGUGGCAGAAGGAGAACUCCACCAGGCUCACUGAAUAUAACGGGCUUUACAAGAACAUCAACCAGACUGAGCAACAUGAAGUCAGCUUGGACGAUAUCUUGAUGAUGGGUGGUAUUGACGAGGACCUUACUGUUGGAGAUGUCAUGGACACCACUAAGGGGCCCUUGUGCUACACCUACUAG